AUGCUACUUGGAAGCCCACGAUUACACCGGUCUGUCCAGCAACCGUGGCGGGCGCAUUUCUUAAACGCGUGCGGUCCUGAAGUGUUUGCCACUGCCGGGGCUCUGGUGGCCCCCGUGUCCAUUCAUGAUGUUCCAUGGGAUACCUUGAGGGAGAAGUUAAAGGCACAUUACGCGCCAACCCCGUCCCGAAUUGCUCGACGGUUUAAAUUCCGGCAUCGCUUACAAGAAGAAGGGGAGCCCCUGAAUCUAUAUAUAGCCUCCCUCCGAACCGCUGCCCUGGAAUGCGAAUUCCAGGACCUAGAUGACGCCCUGUUGGAGCAGUUAGUCUGUGGCGUGAGGGAUCUUCGACUGCAGCGGCGUCUGUUAGCGAUGAAAGAUUUAACUCUCCCGAUGGCAUUAGACGAAGCACGAGCUGCCGAGAUGUCGGAAAGGUCUACCGCUGACAUCCGGCGCUUCCAAAAUUCUACCAGUCAGUCCACGGGGGUGCAUCACGAAGACGACGAUCCUGCUGACACCUCGGAUGAGGAGACAGAAGUGGACCGCCUGAAGACCUCACCGCCCGGAAAGAAAAGGCUGCAAAAGAAGAAAGUAGCUGCCUGCCUCAGCUGUGGGGAGUUUCAUCCUCGUGCAUCCUGCCGUUUCCGUUCCGCUAUUUGCCGCCGCUGUGGCAAGUCGGGGCAUAUUGCCAAAGUUUGCCAUUCUGCUGGGCAGCCGCCAGAUGAGUUAAAGUAUCGCGCCCCAGGGAAGCCCCCUAUGGGGUCCGCCUCGAAGACGGCCGGACGUGGCGGCGCCACGUGGACCAACUACGAGGACGACCGUUAGCCAUUCCCCUACGUGGCGAGAGGGAACACCCGAUGCCCGCCUGGUGUGCGUUUCCCUCUAAUUCUGUUCCGGGUUCCAGCCCUCCACAUGAUGCCGUCAGCGACAACCGACCGCCCGACCUACCAGGGGGUGGAACUUCUCCCAUCGUUGUGGCUCCACCUUCUGGGGCCUCUGCAGCGCUGCAGGUCCAACCUCCUUCCAUUCGUGUCCAGCCGCCGUCCGUUCCUGAGUUACGGCGAUCCACCAGACCGCGUCGGCCCCCGGCAUACUUACAGGACUACGCAUGCGCGAUCCAGGGGGGAAGGAGUGUUGUGUUCGGCGAGCCGCCAUGUUAAAUGAGAGACGGUAUCCUAUUGGUUAAGACGCAUGGCAACCCAAUGGGCGGGAAUUCUUAGUGUGUUGAUUGGCUCUCCUGUUUGACAGCAGGUUUAUAUAAGAGCUGUCAAACGCAGGGUGCCAGCCAUUAUUGUUUUGAAGUUGGCUUUCAUUAAAGGUUGCUUGUUUACUA